AUGUUGAUUCCCGCAUUACUGGCAUUAAUUUUCGUUAUACCAAAAGUGUCAACUUUGGAGUGUUACGUUUGUGAACAACAGGAGGGAAAUGACGACAAGUGUGUAAAAACAGUUCGAAUGUGCCAAAAGUAUGAGGAUACAUGUGCAUCGUUAAUAUUAUGGACAACUCCACACGAAUGGACACCCAGAGGCGAACGACGUCAUUAUAUUUCAAAAGGUUGUGACACAAAAGACAAGUGCACACAAUUGUUAUAUGGUCUUGCUACAGUCUGUUCGAGAAAUUGGUAUGAAGACUGGGCUUGUGUCGAAUGUUGUCAAGGUGAUCGUUGUAAUAGAUACGUUGUUAUUGCUAACUCUGAGUUCCAGUUACUCGGAGUAAGUGGUCUCCGAGUAAGUGAUUUUGGAGUAACUUACUCCGAGUUUCAAACGAGGGGGCGGAAUUUAUUGAACGAUGUAAGUAUGUGAAGCAGUUUGCAAUUGUCAUUCACUGCAGCCCUCGUGUAAAAUAUCCGUAUACACAAAAUUCUGAAAUACAACAAUUGUUAUUUUUAUGUGUUAUUCAUGUAUAUUUAAAGAUGUUCAAAAGUAUUUUUCAAUAAUUAUUUUAUUGCAGAAGUGCUCAACCGAGCUGUACCAUAACUUCAAUACCCUGACUUACAUCAACAGAAAGCGACAAUAGUUUGUAAACUACACGUGUUUCUGAUGAUUCAUCGCGUGGAAGAUAAACGAAAAAUGAAACAUAGUAAACAUAUUGACGGAUACAUUAUGAAACAGGACUUGAUGAAAUUAGAAAACGAAUCUUUAAUUAGAGCUCUACCGUUUAGUGUAUCUUUAUCUGUUUCUUGAUGUCGCAUGCAGAUUAUGCUUUCUUUUCUGUAUGUACCCUUAUGUCUGACAUACAGAUAUCUGCAUGCGACAUCAAGAAAAAGAUAAAGAUACGUUAAACGGUAGAGCUCUAUUGGACCAGAAAUGCGAUAAAACUGCAUAGACAAACAGGCUUGCACUUGUUGAAUGAAAAUCUCUUGUAAAAGAGAAGCGACGUGACAUUCAAAGAAUGGCCGAUUAGACUUUCGAAUGACCACGUGUAACCUGAAGAUCUCAUUUCAUAUGAUGUUGUACAAGUAUUCCCACGCGAAGGUGGGAGUGGACAGAUUCCGACUUUACUGCAGUGUCGGACCCAUCCUGAUCGGG